UCAGGGUUAAUCCGCUUAGGAGAAGGCAAGGAGCUAUUUGAACCACUUCUUACUUUCCACUCUGGCAUGGGGUUCACCUGUGUUCUUCACCUGAAGCGGAGGUAAGGCGUAUCAUUUUCAGGUGAGGAGCAUUACAUCUGGCAAUCACUUAAUCAGGACAAGCGAGCAUUUGGUUGAAGGUUUAAGAUUUGUUAAUCUGAAGAUCAGAGGUUGAGAUCUUUUGGUUGGAGUUUGGCCCUUUCUGCAGACUCGCCUGCUGGUACGUGACCUCUGACCGCUGAGUCAAAGGGCUCUUUGGAAGACCAUCGGCUAUCAUUUAGCCUGGAUAUUGAGUCUGCUGUGGAAAAGACUAAUUCCUAAAGCAUUUUUGGCCUAGUUUGUGUUUUUUGGAGGACUAAUUGAGAAUUUUGAGGUACCGCCGCCAUGCCUUCCCUUCCCACUUUGAACAGCCUGGGGAAGCUCUGUGGCUCAGGACGCAGUCAGCAUGUGAAUCGCACCCGGAUCAAACGCACAAACUCUGUCAAACGCAUAUCUGUCAUGGAGGAUGGACGUGUGGCAGAAGUAUUGUACCUCAUCCCGAAAGAGUCUGUGAUGCAACAGCUGCCGUUCAUCAACCCUGAAGACUAUUACUUGGCUGAGAGCCUGACACCUGUGGCACAUACACAGGAAGCUCACCACCAGACGGGGAAGCCUUUGAUACGCUGUGCUAAAUGUGGGGAGGUGUGCAAGGGAGAGGCAUUACGAGUGCAGGCCAAACACUUCCACAUCAAGUGCUUCACGUGCAAAGUAUGUGGCUGCGAUCUGGCUCAAGGAGGAUUCUUCAUGAAGAAUGGAGAAUAUUUGUGCACUCUGGAUUACCAACGCAUCCAUGGCACCCGCUGUAACAUCUGUGGAGAGUUUGUGGAGGGGGAGGUGGUGACUGCACUCGGAAAGACCUACCACCCAGCAUGCUUUGUGUGCACAAUCUGCAAGAAACCAUUUCCUGCUGGAGACAGAGUGACGUUCAAUGGCAAGGACUGUCUGUGUCAGUACUGCGCAGAGCCCAUGUCUCCAGGACCCACCAAAGACGUCGUCGGACGCAGCAGUUGUGCGGGCUGUGGCAGAGAUAUUAAGAAUGGUCAGGCUCUGUUGGCUUUAGAGAGUCAGUGGCAUUUGGGCUGUUUUAAAUGUAAGGCCUGUGCCAAAGUAUUAACUGGAGAAUACAUCAGCAAAGAUGGCACCCCCUACUGUGAGCAUGAUUAUCAGGUCCUGUUUGGAGUGCAUUGUGAAGCGUGUCAGCAGUUCAUCACCGGGAAAGUCCUGGAGGCAGGGGACAAGCACUACCACCCCAGCUGUGCUCGCUGUAGCAGGUGUAACCAGAUGUUUACUGAAGGAGAGGAGAUGUACCUGCAAGGAUCAACAGUUUGGCAUCCAAGCUGUAAACAUUCACUCAGAGGGGAGGAGAGACAGCAGCUACUGCCUGCGUCUCUAGCUCUCCUCAGCAAAACAGAAAGGCAGCCGACACGCUCGUCGUCCGAGAGUAUAUGUUCCAGACCUGGUUCAAGCAUACCUAGCUCACCGGGUCACACCAUAUAUGCAAAAGUAGACAAUGAGAUCCUUGAUUACAAGGAUUUAGCAGCCAUUCCCAAGGUCAAAGCCAUUUAUGACAUUGAGCGUCCAGAUCUUAUCAACUAUGAACCACUUUACACCACCUCACUGGAUGAGUCAGAGGAGAGAGAGAGUGUGGGAGAGCUGCAGAGCUCCAGGAGAGAGUGUUCACCUAUGCCAGAAGACAGAACCAGGUCACCCACACCGACUGCUGAGGGUUACUACGACAUGAGAGAACGAAUCCUCCACCGGUCGACAAGUCAAGGCUCCAUCGGGUCGCCCAUUUACAGCCGCCACAAUUACACCCCCACCCUGUCACGCUCUCCACAGCACUUCCACAGACCCGGCACUGAGCCGUCCAGUGGUCGGAGUUCCCCAGGGGGCAGCACCCCUCCUCUCCCUCUGACUCCUAAACAUUUUCACCUGCCAGAUCAAGGAGUAAACAUCUACAGAAAGCCCCCUAUCUACAAACAGUAUGAUUCAGCUGCCUUUGCAGCCCAGAGUAAGUCUGCUGAUGACAUCAUCAAAUCAGCCAAAUUCCCCUCGGCGUACACCUCUGGUCCAGACUACCCAGCAAAGAUAGAGACAGACUGCUGGUCCUCCCCGAUCUCCCAUGCUGCGCUAGGAACAGACGGGAGGAGAAGGUCAAGAGAAGAGGACGAGGAGGAGCACCAGAAACGCAGACAGAUUCAGGAGGAACAUCUCAUCAAGAUCCAAUCUGGUUUGGGGAAAAUGAUUCUUAAAGAGGAGAUGGAGAAAGAGAUGAUCAGAGAGCGUCAUGCACGGAGCCUGUCAGCACAACGCUUCGAACAUGGAAGCAAUCGAAAUUCACCUUCUAAAACAGGCUCACUGCCUGGAUACGGGCGAAAUGCACUGCAACGGCCUCAGUCGACUGAUUUUACUCAGUACAACAGUUAUGGAGACGUGUGCAGUGGGAUGAGAGAGUUUCAGCCCUUGCAUGAUGGCCAGCGUACAGCCACCAGAAUGGACAGAGGAGUGUCUAUGCCUAAUAUGCUGGAACCAAAAGUAUAUCCAUAUGAAAUGCUUAUGGUGACCAGCCGUAGUCGCUCCAAACUGCCCAGAGAUGUGGACAGAACCAGACUAGAGCGCCAUCUGGCUCCGGAGAUGUUCUUUGAAAUCUUUGGGAUGGAAAUUAAGGAAUUCAACAGGUUACCUCUGUGGAAACGCAAUGAACUGAAGAAGAAAGCCAGACUCUUCUAACCAGGAUCUACAACAUCUGCACACACUCACAUGAUGUAUCACACAGCUGUUUACUCCUCUUCUGUUGUUUCUUGCUAAAACUAUAGCCAGAAGAAAGCUCCAUGCUGCAAUAUUAUCAUAUGAUGUCAGUUUGUAAUAAACAGAGGGUCUACGCAUUUCAUCUGUAUCUCCAAAUUCUCAACACUUUAUUUUUAGUCUCUGUCGCUUUAAUUUCUCUCAUCUAGAAAUGAGUAAUCCUUUUUUGUUCUUUGUUGUUCUUGCACAUUUUUGUAAAUCAUGUUAAUGCAGGCCUGAUUAUCUGAGCCUUUGUAAAUUUGCAGUUAUAAUGCUUUUAAUUCACUGUUCCAGUAAAGAUUUCUCUGUUAGCAUCACUUUAGGUUCUUUGAGGUAUUGUAGAUGCUACACUGAUAGGUGUCUGUUUCUUUGUACCUGUUCAUGUACGUUUUGAGUGCAUUCAGCGACACUUAAUCCAUACUAGCACAUAUCCAUGUAUUCACCCUUUGCUAUUGUACCAGCCUCCAAUUAACAUCUAUUAAUUAAAGGUCAAGUGUAUCAUUUCUGUGCCAACAGCAGCCCUAAACAGAAUUGAAAAAAAUAUAUAUUGAUCACUGUCAAACAUGUCCAUUUUUCAUUGGUCAAACCCUCAUCAUUGGUUACUGGCUUCUCAAACUGGUAACUUUUCCAUUUUAUACAGUACCACUAAUGGUUUAGAAGUGACACACUUCACCUUUACGCUUUCUAUGCUGAUUCAAUGCUGAUGUCCCUGGUAUAUUGUAAAUUUAAAUAAUAGAAUACAAAUUUAAGGUAAACAUUAACUGCAUUUGACUUUUUUUUAAAGAGCGAAUACUCAGUCACACUGCCAAUUUAUUGUAUUUCAAUUGUAUUUCUGAUUAAAAUUUAAAUUUCUCAAUGUGCAGCUCAGUAAAAACCAAAGGCAUUACAUUAUAUGAGAGCUGUAGUCUACAGCUGUUUAUUAUUUCAUCCUCAUUAACCAGAUCAGAUGUAUUAUUGUGUCAUAUUUCUUCAUGCAAACUAGAGUGCACUGGACUUCCCGUGAAGCUAGUACAGUGAAUUAUAAGCUAGACCAAAUCAAUGAAUUCAGCUGAAAACAUACUCAAUAAACACACAUAACUACAUUUACAGGUUUGAAUAAAAUUUGGGUAAAUAGAAUACA